CUCCUAUUGAGACUUUUCCAAGCCGACUUUGUCCCCUUGUAACAGUGCCUUUCAGCUGUGGCUGUUUUGUAGCGGUACACAAUCUGUGACAGGGUGUCGGUUCGUUCGGGUUGGUGUGGCCGAAAGCGCGGGUUGAGGCGGGGGAGGCGGAAGGUAGACGACGGGGAGCUGACAUACGUUGACCACUAGUAGACUUGGGAAUUCCAAGCCUAAGAACUGCAAAGUAUUGAUUGCUAGUUUAGAGAAGCUUGUUUAAACUAUCCAGCCCAAUGCCUAGUUCCUUUGCUUGUAUGAAACUGCUUCAGUAACUAUAUAAAAGGCCCUGCCCAUAGACCGGCCGGAAGAGAUUGGAAUAACGACGGACACUACCGCCAAGGAAACCGCGAUCACCGUCGUGAUCAUUCCGUCGCGAUUAAAUAUAAAAAAAGCAAGCACUAGGAAUCCCUAAUAACAAAUGGGCUUUCCCGGCUACCUGCACCUUCUAGUCGGGCAAGUCGAUUCGUGUCAGCCGCAAGGCAUUCUUUCUAGGCAUCUACAGGGCCCAUGCGCUAGGAUUCAGCGCUGUCGGAUUGAACGAUAUAAGGACAACCUGGGGGACAGAAUUCCUACUGCGGGCGCACUUGCAAGAGAUUGCCGACCUCGUGCGCCCUCAAAAAAAGAUGCCCUCGCCAACGAGGCCACCCUUCUCGGCAGAUACUGGCAACAGCGCCGGGAGCGCGACGAUCGGUUCCAUGCCUUGCAGGAAGAGGCUUUGCUCCUUGCCCGCCUACAAUCUGAUAGGGAAGAAGACGACGUAGCCCUUCCUCCCAACUGGCAGCUUACCGAGGAGCUCUCCCCCUACACGCGUGGCGCCUCACGGCACGAGACGAGCGCACGGUCCGGAAGGUGA